GAGAACCGUGUCUACGUUGAAAUUAAACUCAUACUUUCUUGCUCCUUUUCUCACUCUCACUUUCUCUCUCACGCACAACACACACUUCUGCGAACAGAGGGUUCCUUGUCACCUUCCAUGGCAUGAACCUAAAUUACUGCAUUUCCCCGCCCAAAAGCCCCUUAUUUAAUCAACCAAUGGCCUUCAACAUCACGACAACGGGACUUCGCUUACUCCGCUGCUACUCACAGCACCUGCGCCCCGUCACUGCGCAGUUCUCUGGGCUCCGGAAAGUUAGGGUUUCGGAGCUCCGGUUCUUGUCCUCCUCGGUGCCGAUAGAGAAGUUACCGGUUGUGAAAGCCAAGCGGAGAGAAGCCGAGGACGCAGUUUUGGAUGAUGGAGGAGGAGAUAAUGGUAGUGUUGUUUCGGCUGCUAGGGAUAAAAUUGGCGGUGGUAGUGGAGGAGGCGAGGGGAGGAUUAUAGUUUCGGAGCUUCAUAAGGAAGCCACUGAAGCUUAUAUGGCUUAUGCCAUGUCUGUGCUGCUCGGCCGCGCCUUGCCUGAUGUUCGAGACGGGUUGAAACCGGUCCACCGUAGGAUAUUAUUUGCAAUGCAUGAAUUGGGUCUUUCAUCAAGGAAACCUUACAAGAAAUGUGCAAGAGUUGUUGGAGAGGUCCUUGGUAAGUUUCACCCGCAUGGAGACACUGCUGUGUAUGACUCCUUGGUUCGAAUGGCACAGGAUUUUUCCUUGCGAAGCCCACUCAUUCGUGGACAUGGUAAUUUUGGUUCUAUUGAUGCUGAUCCUCCUGCUGCAAUGCGUUAUACUGAGUGCCGGCUGGAAGCACUUGCGGAGGCAAUGUUACUGGCUGAUCUAGAUCAAGAUACCGUGGAUUUUGUUCCAAAUUUUGAUAAUUCGCAAAAGGAACCAUCAUUACUUCCUGCCCGGAUUCCUAACUUAUUGUUGAAUGGUGCCUCUGGAAUAGCGGUUGGAAUGGCAACAAACAUACCUCCACAUAAUCUUGCAGAGUUGGUAGAUGCACUGUCUGUGCUGAUUCAUAAUCCAGAAGCCACGCUACAAGAACUGCUCGAGUACAUGCCUGGACCAGACUUUCCAACAGGAGGAACAAUAAUGGGUAACAUUGGGAUUUUAGCAGCAUACCGAACUGGGAGAGGACGUGUAAUUGUAAGAGGAAAGACUGAUGUUGAAACUCUUGAUUCCAAAACCAAGAGAACAGCAAUUAUUAUAAAAGAGAUCCCAUAUCAGACCAACAAAGCUUCUUUGAUUGAGAACAUUGCCCAGCUUGUAGAAAAUAGGAAAUUAGAAGGUAUUAGUGACAUCCGUGAUGAGAGUGAUCGAUCUGGAAUGCGGAUUGUUAUUGAGCUUAAGAGGGGUUCCGCACCAUCAAUUGUAUUGAACAAUCUUUAUCGAAUGACCGCUCUUCAGUCCAGUUUCAACUGUAACAUGGUGGGUAUUCUUAAUGGCCAACCUAAAGUUAUGGGAUUGAAAGAAUUGCUUCAGGUGAUUCAUUCUUAUUAUGGCUCUAUUUAUCAAACGUGGGAAUUGGCAUUUAGGCGUGCCCACGCCAGGUGGUCACGUCUGGGGAAAAGGGUUGGAAGGCGAGAAUCUGGGGACUCUAAGGCAGUUAGACGUGCCCACGCCAGGUGCUUAUUGAUUGCAAUUGCUAUAAGUGUUGGGGUAUUUGUAUGUCCUCUGGGUGGUUGA